AAGUGAAACCCAGUGGUCAGAGGCAUACGUCUGAGUAACUGUUAUGGUUACAGUACAAGGUUCUCCGGACUUCCCUUUACUAGCCCAAGGAUACGGCCUCCGUGAAAGGCUGUCAAGUUUACUGGGAAGAGUCUUCCGGUUUUGAAAGACACGAUCUCCGUGUUUCCAGUUUUGUCACUAACUCUGGAUGACCUUGGGCAAAUUUUUCUCUCUCAACCGCAGAGCAGAGAGAUCUUUGUUAUCCAGAAGAGGCUCAAAGACCUGGGCAGUGACUUGAAGAGCUUUCCGUGAUUCUCCUACAAUCCGAGUGGCUCAGCCCCGGAGCAGGGUCCUGGCCGGCCAGUAGUCCCGCUCCAAGGUGCAAUCAAAACUCAGACCAGCUCUUUGAGCGAGGGGCGGCUCGGCUUCGGAGGCGGCGGCUACAGGUGUGUGCCCUCUUCCUGAUUCUGGAGAAAAAUGCCGGUCCGGAAGCAAGAUACCCAGAGAGCAUUGCACCUUUUGGAAGAAUAUCGUUCGAAACUAAGCCAAACUGAAGACAGACAGCUCAGAAGUUCCAUAGAACGGGUUAUUAACAUAUUUCAGAGCAACCUCUUUCAGGCUUUAAUAGAUAUUCAAGAAUUUUAUGAAGUGACCUUACUGGAUAAUCCAAAAUGUAUAGAUCGUUCAAAGCAGUCUGAACCAAUACAGCCUGUGAAUACUUGGGAAAUUUCCAGCCUUCCAAGCACUACUGUGACUUCAGAAACACUGCCAAGCAGCCUUAGCCCUGGUGUAGAGAAAUAUCGGUAUCAGGAUGAAGAUACGCCUCCUCAAGAGCACAUUUCCCCACAAAUCACUAAUGAGCUGAUAGGUCCAGAAUUGGUGCAUGUCUCAGAGAAGAACCUGUCAGAAAUUGAGAAUAUCCAUGGAUUUGUAUCUCAUUCUCAUAUUUCACCAAUAAAGCCAACAGAAGCUGUACCUCCCUCUUCUCCCACUGUCCCUGUGAUCCCUGUCCUGCCAGUCCCUGCUGAGAAUACUGUCAUCCUACCCACCAUACCACAGGCAAAUCCUCCUCCAGUAUUGGUCAACACAGAUAGCUUGGAAACACCGACUUAUGUUAAUGGCACUGAUGCAGAUUAUGAAUAUGAAGAAAUCACACUUGAAAGGGGAAAUUCAGGGCUUGGUUUCAGCAUUGCAGGAGGUACGGACAACCCACACAUUGGAGAUGACUCAAGUAUUUUCAUUACCAAAAUUAUUGCAGGGGGAGCAGCUGCCCAAGACGGAAGAUUGCGGGUCAAUGACUGUAUAUUGCGAGUAAAUGAAGUAGAUGUUCGUGAUGUAACACAUAGUAAAGCAGUUGAAGCAUUGAAAGAAGCAGGGUCUAUCGUACGAUUGUAUGUAAAAAGACGAAAACCAAUAUCAGAAAAAAUAAUGGAAAUAAAGCUCAUUAAAGGUCCUAAAGGUCUUGGAUUCAGCAUUGCUGGAGGUGUUGGAAAUCAACAUAUUCCUGGGGAUAAUAGUAUCUAUGUUACCAAAAUAAUUGAAGGAGGCGCAGCACAUAAAGAUGGUAAACUUCAAAUUGGAGAUAAACUUUUAGCAGUGAAUAGUGUGUGUUUAGAAGAAGUUACUCAUGAGGAAGCAGUAACUGCCUUAAAAAACACAUCUGAUUUUGUUUAUUUGAAAGUGGCAAAACCCACGAGUAUGUAUAUGAAUGACAGCUAUGCACCACCGGAUAUCACCAACUCUUCUCAGCCUAUUGAUAACCAUGUUAGCCCAUCUUCCUACUUGGGCCAGACACCAGCAUCACCAGCUAGAUACUCACCUGUUUCGAAAGCAGUGCUUGGUGAUGAUGAAAUUACAAGGGAACCUAGAAAAGUUGUUCUUCAUCGUGGCUCAACGGGCCUUGGUUUCAACAUUGUAGGAGGUGAAGAUGGGGAAGGAAUAUUUAUUUCCUUUAUCUUGGCUGGAGGACCUGCUGAUCUUAGUGGAGAGCUCAGAAAAGGAGAUCGUAUUAUAUCGGUAAACAGUGUUGACCUCAGAACUGCCAGCCAUGAGCAGGCAGCAGCUGCUUUGAAAAAUGCUGGCCAAGCUGUCACAAUUGUUGCACAGUAUCGACCUGAAGAAUACAGUCGUUUUGAAGCCAAAAUACAUGACUUACGGGAGCAGAUGAUGAAUAGUAGCAUUAGUUCAGGAUCCGGUUCUCUUCGAACUAGCCAGAAGCGAUCCCUCUAUGUCAGAGCCCUUUUUGAUUAUGACAAGACUAAAGACAGUGGCCUUCCCAGUCAGGGACUGAACUUCAAAUUUGGAGACAUCCUCCAUGUAAUUAAUGCUUCUGAUGAUGAAUGGUGGCAAGCCAGGCAGGUUACACCAGAUGGUGAGAGCGAUGAAGUUGGGGUGAUUCCCAGUAAACGCAGGGUUGAGAAGAAAGAACGAGCCCGAUUAAAAACAGUGAAAUUCAAUUCUAAAACAAGAGGAGAUAAAGGGCAGUCAUUCAAUGACAAGCGUAAAAAGAACCUCUUUUCCCGAAAAUUCCCCUUCUACAAGAACAAGGACCAGAGUGAGCAGGAAACAAGUGAUGCUGACCAGCAUGUAACUUCUAAUGCCAGCGAUAGUGAAAGUAGUUACCGUGGUCAAGAAGAAUAUGUCUUAUCUUAUGAACCAGUGAAUCAGCAAGAAGUUAAUUAUACUCGACCAGUGAUCAUAUUGGGACCUAUGAAAGACAGAAUAAAUGAUGACUUGAUCUCAGAAUUUCCUGACAAAUUUGGAUCAUGUGUUCCUCAUACAACUAGACCAAAACGAGAUUAUGAGGUAGAUGGAAGAGAUUAUCAUUUUGUGACUUCAAGAGAGCAGAUGGAGAAAGACAUCCAGGAACAUAAAUUCAUUGAAGCUGGCCAGUACAACAGCCAUCUGUACGGGACAAGCGUUCAGUCUGUGCGAGAAGUAGCCGAAAAGGGCAAACACUGUAUCCUUGAUGUGUCUGGAAAUGCCAUAAAGAGAUUACAGAUUGCACAGCUUUACCCAAUCUCCAUUUUUAUUAAACCCAAAUCCAUGGAAAAUAUCAUGGAAAUGAAUAAGCGUCUGACAGAAGAACAAGCCAGAAAGACAUUUGAGAGAGCCAUGAAACUGGAACAAGAAUUUACUGAACAUUUCACAGCUAUUGUACAGGGAGAUACGCUGGAAGACAUUUACAACCAAGUGAAGCAGAUCAUAGAAGAACAGUCUGGUCCUUACAUCUGGGUUCCAGCAAAAGAAAAGCUAUGAGGACUGAUGUUUCUGUUUCUCUUUUCUACCAUCUUAUUUUCUUUGACACUUCUUUGCCCUUUCCUUCUGGAGUCUAUCUUCAGUACUCCUUCCAUGUUGCACCAUAUCCCACCCAUCAUGGUCUGCAGCUGCACUCACUUUUGACAUCUAGUGUCUCCUUCCAGUUGUAGCAUCUGUAUUAUUUUAUGUCACUAUUGGUUCGUGGCCAUUUUUCAGAACUGAAGAUGGAGUGGCCUGACCAGCUAUUAAGGAUUUGGGGAGACGGGGAAAUUGUGGUAAAAUUCCUUAAUGUUUAAGGGAAAGUAACUUUAAGAGAUUUUCAGAAAAGCUUUAUAUACAUUCUUUUCAAAUUUCAAUAUAAGUGAAAGAACAGUGGUUUUAAUCAGUGAUUUAGUAAACUUUGAGCAACAAUGCACGCUUAACUUUAAUAGCAUGGUUUGGCCAAUAUAUUAGCUCUCAAGUCCUUUUCUCAAUUGACUUCUGUUAUCAAAGCAAAUAUUUCAUUAUAGACAAAUAAGGAAAAUAUGUGUUUUUUAAUUUCAAAAUUAUUGUCUGGGUUAACUUGCAUAAUUUCACAGGGGAUAUUCAUUUUUCAUAAGAGUUCUUAAAGUCUUGUUUAAGGUUUUUUUUUUUUUGAUACAUUUGCUAGGAAUAGCAGUGUUUAAAUGUUUUUAAUCUACUUGUGCAGCACUAUUUAUAGUGUCUUCCAAAAGUUGUUCAUGCAUAACGAUCAUCACAUUUUCUGAAUUGAGGCCAUGUUUAGGUGCUAGGGGAGCUCACCUUUUACACAUAAGGUUGAGAAAAUUUCAUAGACAUAAAUACAGAUAAAACAGACAUUACAGUGGUGAUGUAGUAAUCAUUAUGGCAAUGGAAAAGGAGUCCAAUUCAUAGUCUAAAACUCUAAAUGUAUUCUUAGGGGUCAGAUUUUAAUGAAUAUUUUACCCACAAUAACUGCCUAUUUUGUUAUAAUAAAAUAUAUAUAUAUAAAUAUAUAUAAAACUUUCUUUAACUAAACUCUGUAACUAUGGGAAUUAUUUUCUUUACAUAGUUGCACACACACAAACAUAUAUAUAUAUUUAAAAUAUAUUUUUUUCUUUUGCCACCUACUCUUAACUUUUUGUUUGGUUUUUAAAUUAAAUAUUAAUUGAUUAGACUUUAUCUUCCUUAAUCAUGUGAACUGAGAACAAGGGUAUGGUGGUUGUGGAAAGAAACCUUUAGGGAAAUUAGAUUACGAGUAAAAGUAUGGGCGUGUUCUCCUCUUUUCUGCAAAGGUUUUCAAAUGGCUCCUGGUUUUUGUUGUUGUUGCUGUUGUUCUUGUCAUCGGGUUGGGUUUGGUCCUCUGCCUCUCCCUCCAGUUCCCCUCCUUUCAUUAAUAGGCAGCAGGCAAGAGCCUGGCGUGUGUGAGUGUGUUCCCCUCAAACUGCACACCUUUUCGUCUCCCGUAGCUGCUCUGCACUAGAGUCGCACAGAUCUUUAUGGUGAGCAAUUUUAAGAAAUUUUAGUGAAACGUAGAUAUGAUUUCAGAAAUCAGUUUCUCUGGUCUUUUAUAUUAAUAAUUUUGUUUGGCUUCCCAUUGCUUUUUUGGAGUUAUUAAAUAUGUGUUUUUGACAACCUCCUCAUUACAGUUUCUUAAACAAAUGAGUACUGGUUUGUAAAGAAUUAUCAACAUUAUCCAUUCCAUUUAUGAGAAAGAGGAGAACAGCUAAUAAACUUUAUUGUAAAAUCCAUAUGUUAAAUGUGUCUUGAAUUCUGAAAGAAAAAAUUAUUUUACAAGCUAACAUUUUCUUGGAGCAAUUUUGGGCAUCAUGUAAUUUAUAAACUGAAUUCAAGAGCCAUUAGGCAGCCUAAUAAAAAUUUUUUCUGUAGGUUUCAGAACUAUGUUAACAUGUUGAAAUAUAUAAUAUAGCGGUUAACACCAAAUAUAGUAGGUUGUUACCAAACAUAAACAUAGUAGAAGAAAAUCAUUGUAAAAUGAUGUCAAGAGCCCCAGAAAUCACCUUACUGCAAGACCCCAGCAUAAGCCAUUUUGAAGUAUUUACUGGUCACAUGUUGUGAAAUAUCAGGAGAUUAUAUAAAGUGAUGCCAUUUAUGUGUUAAAAUGUAUAUUACAUUGCUUUCUGGAUGUCCUUGCUAAGUGCUUAUUUUUGUAAGGAAAUACUAACUUUUGUGCAGCUUUCUAGAUUGUAUAGAAUUAGCAGUAAAAGUAGUAAUUGCUUAAUACUACUAUGCAACAACUACUUUAGUAUGUUAUCAUUUAAUUUAAAAAAGAAUUACCAGCACCACUAUAAGGCUUAAGUGAAAUCACCUGUCCAGGAUGACUUAGCUAGUAAGUGGCAAUGCUUGGCAUUUGUAUCCAAGUCUCUUUGCCCCAGGUUCUUUCUGACAUCCUGUGCUGCCUCAUUUUUCAGUCCCUACUAUGUAAGGCACUGUGACUUAAAUUAUGUUAUUUUAGUGCCCCUUUACAGAUAAAGAAAGACUUAGAUGAAGGUCCUCGCCCAGAGUCACACAGUAAGUAAGGACAGACCCAUAGAACAAGUCAUUCCCAUCACAGCUGAAAUGACUCUUUCUCAGAAACAAGUCAGCCUGGCACUGUCACAGUGACAUACAAAGAAAGAACUUCUUUAGAACCAAAAAUGGAAUAGUAUUCAUUAGAAAAAAGUCCACUAUUCUGAUACACAGGGAAUAUUACUAUUUCAAAUGGUUUAUGAAAUAGUUCCUAUUUUUUAAUAUGCUUCUUCGUGUCCUUAAGUUGGCAAAAAUAAAAACCUCUUAAAUGUGACUCCACAUUUCUGGUUGCUUACCUAUUCUGUAUCUGCCCAGGGCUCUUUAAAAAAUGAUGGAAGCAAGCUUGCAGAGCUCACUCCAGCAGAAUACACUCUGGUUAACAAAUACCUGCUAAGUCACUACACAGUAUUUAAACUCCAAAGAUGGCAACUUGGGGACUUUACUAAUGAGGAAAAUUUGUUUUCUAAAGUAUGAGAGUAAACAGUUACCUUCCAGGAUUCUCUGCCCUGAAUACUCGUAAGUUACAUGUGGAGAAACAGAAUCCCAGAGAUGCCUGUGUCUUAAUCAAAGUUACACGGCAGAUCAGGAAUGGGGCCGGGAUUAGAACCUUUAACUCCUGGAUUCUGGAACAGUGGUUUUUCUACUAUGACAGUUUCUUUUCCUCCCAUGCUGUGCACUGAAUUUGCUUGGUUACUCAGUCCCUUGAGAUUUGAAUUACUGAUAACAAGAAAGUAAAUUUAAGAGGUUUUUUGAGGUGUUUGGCUUUGUAAGAUGUCAGGGAAAAACAUGAAUGUGACUUUUCUGACCCAAGUUUUAGAUUAUCUGGUAUUUCAGUCCGAUGUUGAAGAUUCCGUUCAUCUCCCUCCAGAAUUGCACAGUAUAGCUCUCUUUGGCCUUGGCAGCAGAAUACCAAAUGUGAAGAAUGUGGGCUGUGGAAUCAGAUCUCGAUUUGAAUGCCAGCUCUGCCACUUACUGGUUAUGUAGCUAACUGUGGGCAAGUCGUGUCAUCACUCUUUCUGUUUACUUGUCUGUAAAAUGGAGAUAUUUUGAGAACCAAUAAGAUUACAUUGAAGGGGGCUAGCGCAUAGUAUACUCUGAAAGGUAAUUCCCUCUUCCUUUGGAAUCAGAAUCCUGGGAUUGUUCUAACUCCCCUUGUAUACAUUAAUCUGAGCCUUCAUUUUGCCAUAUUUUAAAUGGGAUUUGAAUGACUACUUUGCAAGAUUGUUAUAAGGGUUAAAUAAAGUAGUGUGUACAAAACACCAAUCACAGCAUCUGAUACUUAACUCAAUACCUGUUCUUCCCCUUGCUCUUGAGUGUGUUUGUGCUUGGUAGCAGAAGACAGAGAGAGAAGAGUAUGGUCCACCAUUCUUCAUUACCUAUAGAGAA